CUUCCCGAGAGGCAGGAUUUUGUGCUGUGAAGACAUUUCUCAAGUGCCUCAUGUCAGCCAGCAUGUCUUACCCAUGAGGCCUGGAAAGAGAAGACUGUUAGGUUGUGGAGGGGUGGUCUUGUUCAGCUCAGCUUCCCCUUGGACUGACUGUGGGUCCUGAGGCAGAACUACUGGCCCUCGCUUCCUCCAUGGCGCACCGGCUGCAGAUACGACUGCUGACUUGGGACGUGAAGGACACACUGCUCAGGCUCCGCCGCCCUGUUGGGGAGGAAUAUGCCACCAAGGCCCGGGCCCACGGGCUGGAGGUGGAGGCCACGGCCCUGGGACAAGCCUUCGGGCAGGCGUACAGGGCUCAGAACCAUAGCUUCCCCAAUUAUGGCCUGAGCCACGGCCUCACCUCCCACAAGUGGUGGCUGGAUGUGGUCCUGCAGACCUUCCACCUGGCGGGUGUCCGUGAUGCCCAGGCUGUGGCCCCCAUAGCUGAACAGCUGUAUGAGGACUUCAGCAGCCCCUGCACCUGGCAGGUGUUGGAGGGGGCGGAGAAUACCCUGAAGGGGUGCCGCUCACGGGGUCUGAGGCUGGCGGCCGUCUCCAACUUUGAUCGACGGCUAGAGGACAUCCUGGUGGGUCUUGGCCUGCGAGAAUACUUCGACUUUGUGCUGACCUCUGAGGCUGCUGGCUGGCCCAAGCCAGACACCCGCAUCUUCCAAGAGGCCUUGCAGCUUGCUCAUGUAGAACCUGCAGUGGCAGCCCAUAUUGGGGACAGUUACCGCUGUGAUUACCAGGGAGCUCGGGCUGCAGGCAUGCACAGCUUCCUGGUAGUUGGCCCAGAGCCUCUGGAACCCGGAGUCAGGGACACUGUACCUAAAGAACACAUCCUCCCCACUCUGUCCCAUCUCCUGCCUGCCCUUGACCGCCUGGAGGGCUCAACUCCAGGGCUGUGAGUCUGGCAAGAGAAGUGGCUGGGCCCUAGGCCAUGGAGAAAACCCUAAACAAACACUGGCGCCAGAGACUGACGCCAGCUCUGGACUUUGCCCUCUCUCUGUAGCCUUCAUACCCUACCCUGAUAAUAAACCAGUGAGUGCUGGGCAUUUAGCCUUGCCCCACUAACUAGCU